AUGGCAGCCAGAUCAUCAAGUUUUGCAAGCAAAGUUUUGAUGAUUGAACCAAUCAGAUUUUCCUUUAAUGCAGAAACAGCUCAAGAUAACACUUAUAUGAACCAAGGGAAUUCACAAGUCCAUGAAAGCUGUUCACAAGAGUUUUCUGCUUACAAAGAAAUUCUGAUCCAAAAUGGCAUUAUCGUCCAGCACUGGAUAAAUUCAGACCCUCAAGCCCCUGACUGUAUUUUUGCAAAUAAUUGGUUUUCAGCUUUAAGCCCACCAGAUGUAGAUGCCCCUACCCUUAUUUUAUAUCCUAUGAGACACCCAUCACGUCGAAGAGAAAAACGUCAAGAAUUUAUUAAUGAUUUACUUGUAGAUUACCAAAAUAUUAUUAAUUUAAGCCACUUUGAAGACCAAGAUUUAGCAUUAGAAGGCACAGGUAGCUUGGUUAUUGACAGAAAAAACCGACAAAUUUUUAUGAGCAUUUCUCCAAGAUCGUCUGAAAUUGUAUUAGCUGAGCUUAUUAGUAGAUUAAAUUUAUUAACAAAAAACCCUUGGAAAUCAGUUACAUUUAGGAGCGUAGAUGAGAAUAAUAAUCCUGUUUAUCAUACAAAUGUUAUAUAUCAAUUUAUAUAGAACUGAGACUUUUUUUGAUUUAUUAUAAAAAUUUUUUUUAUUUUAAUAGAAAAUUUGUAUACUUUGUUUUACCCCUGGAAAAGCUGUUAUUAAUAUAUCUGCAAUUAUCCCAGAGGACCGUGAAAAAGUCAUAAAUGCUUUAGAGGGCUAUGAAAUUUUUGAAAUAAAUCAUGACCAAACCAGAAAAUUUGCAGGGAAUUUGGAAUGCUUGUAUUCACCUACAAGAGGGACUGAAAUAAUCAUCGCAAGCUCAAGUGCAAGAGGAUUGUUAAAUUUAGACAGAGAAAUCAUAUAUGUCGACAUCCCGACUAUCGAAAGUGUCGGAGGAGGAUCGGCUCAAUGUAUGCUAGGGAAAUUAUUUUAA